AUGAAAAGAGACGGGAAGAGGAUGGCCCUGACGGGAGGCACCGGGGCCCCUCAAGCAAGAAACGGCAAGCACUCCUACGGGGAGACAGAGAGCCAAAGAAGACAACAUGAGGCCCUUCCUCCCCUGCGCUGCAAACAUCCAAUAGUCUCGAACCCGAAAGCGAGCAGCACCAGAAGCAGCAACAGCGAAAACAGACGAGGGAGGAGGCGCGGCACAAUGGUUUUCUCUCUGGGUCGUCUUUUGUCCCCUCUCCGUCUGUUAACCCGUCUAAUCCUGAGGAAAAGCCUGAUGCCUUUAUGGGGUAUCUUCGACAGUUACGGGCUGUUGGUCGAGGGGUUGGGGUUAGAGUUUGUGGUACUCCUAAUUAGCGUAUUUGGGGGCCUCAAGGGGGCUCUCUGGUCUGUUUCGAUUGAGUCGCUGCUUCCCUACAUGAGAGAAAAGGGGUUAGACGCUCUGGUUUAUCAGCAAACCCUGACCCUCUCACUUUUACCUUGGGGAGCGAAGGGUCUCUUAGGGGCCCUCAGCGACAACGUGGCUCUAUUUCGCAGGCGCAAGAAAUGGUACAUGCUUACUUCGAAUGUUGUGGGGGUCAGCUGCUGCUGCUGGCUGUUGUUGGAGCCUAGCAGUGGCAGCGGCAGCAGAAGCAGCAGCAGCAGUGGAGUCGGUUUGCUGGCGUUGUCCCUCCCAUUUUUCGGUCUGCAUUUGCAGAUGGCAACGAUUGACCUCCUGUGCGAAGGUUUGUACUCCGCGGCACUCCGCGCAAACCCAAAUUUGGGGUUUGCAUUGGUAGGCUUUGUGAACUUGUGCACCACUACUGGGGGCCUUCUCGGUAGGCUGCUUGUGGGGCCCCUUAGUGACGCCUGGGGCUCGGGGCCUCUUUUUUGCCUCUGCCUGCCUUUGGCCCUGCAGUCUUUCUUUCCGGUGCUGCUUAAUUUCACUGGGGAGCCAAAGCUUCAACUGACCCGCAGCAGCAGCAGCUGCAGCAAUAGCUGCAGCUGCAGCAGAGGAGCGUGCAGGGUUCGCAACGGAUGCUGCAGCAACGUGGUACAGGUUGUGCCUCAGCCAGGACAGGGUGGGGUUGUUGUUGUUGCAUUGUUGACCUCUCUUUGUGCCUGCGGAGCUGCUUUGCUCGUGCUGCUUGAGCUUGUCUCUUUAUCGGUUGCGUACACCGUUUGUGUGUUGUGUGCCUUGGCGGGUGCUUCUCUGCUGCUCUUGCCACGGCGGCUGGCACUUUGUGCCCUCUAUUUCUUUAUCGACCGUCUGCUGCAUCUAAAUAUACAGGGAGCGCUCAGCUACUUCUACACGGCUGCGCCUGGUUGCGUCCCUGAAGGACCCCACUUCAAUUAUACUUAUUUUUCCACCUACACUGCAGUAGCAGGCACAACAGCCAGCUGGAUAGGCAUAUGGGCCUUCCAAAAGUGGUUCAAGAAUUGGAGCUGCAGGUCUAUUUUCUGGCUUACGAACAGCUUGCGAAUCCUCGAUUCGUUGUUUGACUUGGCUCUUGUGCUUCGCUUGAAUAAAGCGAUAGGAGUACCAGACAAGGUGAUGUACCUGCUGGGGGACGGCAUCGGGUUUGGCUUGAUAGGGGCUCUCACCCACAUGGGAGCCGUUGUGUCCGUGUCUCAGCUGUGCCCUGUGGGGCGGGAAGCUACUGUGUACGCAGUGGUUUCUGGGCUGAGCAACUUGGGUUUUAGUUUGAGCAAGCUGAUGGGGGCAUUUGCUAUUUCUGCAUUCAAAAUCUCCACUGUACAUACACCAGAAACCCAAUGUGACUUCCAGUAUCUACCGCAUCUCAUUCUACUGGCACAUCUUUUGCUGCCACUCCUCGCGCUACCUCUUGCCGCGCUUCUUUUGCCUUCAUAUCCGCUCAAUGAGCCGCCACCGCCUGUCUCUUUGGCCCCAGUAGAAGCAGUAACGGAAGCAGAAACAGAUGCAGAGACAGAUAUUGAGGGUAAGGGGGAAAAAGGGGAAUUGAGGGAGGAAAGCUUGGGAAGUAGAAGGACAAAUAGGACGAUGGAGCUCAGGAAUGUUCAUGCUAUGCCGGCAAUGUCUUUUCAUGCGGCCAUCACAGCGGCAACAGCAGCAAAGGGAGAAGAUGGGGAGACAGAUGGGGAGACGGAGAAGGAAUUAACAAGGAGGAACAGCAGAAAACAUGCAUACAGACAAAUACCAACAGUGGGAGAGGAGAUAGAGAUGCUCCAAGUUCAAGCUGCUGGAGAGCAGGAAAGCAACUUACUGUACACGCCAGGUAGCAGCAGCAGCAGCAACAGCACCAGCACUAGCAGCAGUGGAGGCAGCAGCAGCAGUCCCAGCACCAGCAGCACCAGCAGCGCUCCACGAGGAUGA